AUGACAGGUUUAAGAGUAGUGUUUUGCCAUGGCCUUGGUGCCAUUAGGAAUAACCCUCUGGCCAUUAGCGUGAAUGAAUGGGCCAGAAAACAUGGUAUGGCUUUUGAAAAGUAAGUUAUUUACAAUGGCCUUACUCUGUUCUACCCUCACUCUUUUACCGUCCUACCCUACCCUGACCCGUUACUUGUCCUACCCUUGCCUACAGUAAUAUGGCAUACCGUUCCGUAACUUACCCACGUCCUACCCAAACCAAAUUAAAAACUUUUGCCUUUAUAUACAAUCUACAUUACAGUGUCUUCUACGACAACUACGGUAACCCAGAAUACAUUUGGCACGUCGACGAUUGGCGUCGAAAUAUCCGCCAGCGCCUUCACCCCGCCUCACCAGCCUUAUUGAUAAGCAAUUCAGCUGGAACUCAAGCAGCACUAAGAGCCGCUCUUGACGUGCCAACAAACUCGAUCGUUGGACUAGCCGCAUUUGCUCCAGCCGUCUGUGUUGACUUAGACUACAUGGAUAAGAUAAGACCUGGAACAGUUCAAAGACUAAAGGACGGCAAAGAAUGUUUCCAUCCUUGUGUCGACAAAAGUAUCAAAAUCAAAGUGAAUCUAGAGAAUCUGCAAAAUUUUGUUGAGGUAAAGGCUUUUUGAAGUUUUAUCCGGUUAAAAUAUUACACUGGCGACGAAUAAUGGACAAUUUCUUUUAGCUAUAACUUUUUUCAAAAUAUAGGUAUAAACUUGAAAUUUUUAGCAAAGUUAGAUAUUCCUUUACCUAACUAUCGCAUGCAAACACAUUAAAAAUUUUAUGUUAAUUUAAAAGUUACAGUAAUUCUACCAACCCUACUUUUUCAAAAAUAAAACGGAAAAUUAACCCAAAUUAUUUUCGCUAUAACUUUUUUGAAAACAAAGAUAAUAACUUGAAACUCACAGUGAUUGUAAAAAAUUUACUUCUUCAACUAUCACAUAAUAGACAAAUUUUAAAUUCAGUAAACCCUUAAAGGUACAGUAACUUAAUCGCACCAUACUUUUCUAACGAAAAUAAUAUUUUACAAAGCCUCCCAUAUUAAAACACAGUCAAAUAAUAAAAACUAACCUUUUAAGAACUGUGUAUGUCGUCUAAACCCAGUAAUCCCAAUUCCACAUCCAGUUCGACUUGUUCAUGGCUUCGCUGAUCCACUUGUUCACUACACCAACAGCAUCAAACUUCUGAAGCAAUUGGAAACCCAAGACAAAAGUGUUGAACUGGUGAAUGCUAGUCAUUUCAUCACUGACUCUAGUAUUGUCUACAAAACCCUCGACAGUUUGAUGGAAUCCGUUUUGAAGCGAAAAACUGAAGACGAAAUGGCAGAGACGGUGAAGAAGCGAGUUAUGAUGGCAUAA